GAUUGGAUAAGAUACCUCCUCGACUGGGUCUUCGACGUUCUCUUGUUCGAGUAACAGUGUCAACCAGAUGUAGUGCUUGGUCUGUAUGGCUGCUUCUUCUUAAUGGUGGUGGUGUCGUACCAGAUAAGGUUUUUUCUGACAUUUCACUGACGGAUGCUUCAGACGUGUGAUGUACAAACUGUCCUAAAUCAAUAGCAGGCGGUGUCUCUGGGUCAUGAAAUUUGUUUCCUUCCAUUUUUUGAUUUUAUUAAGGGGACUAAGUAAAAAGGGAAAAAACGUCAUGAAAUAUUUGACAGGUUUCUUCUUUAUUUUACAAAAAAAAAAAAUGUUUCAGCAGCGGAGAUUGCGAAGAGAAAAAAAUUCUUUUUUUGGUCAAAGAUCGGAACAAAUCAAAAGCCAGGAAAGGAGGACAGAAAGGUUUAGACAACACAGACCCCCUUUUAUGAGCGUGCGAAAUAAAG